AUUUCCGUUCCCAAAUCUCCUCUCUUCUCCUUUCUUCUCCGACUCCGAGAGGCUUUCCGUUCAUCCAUCGCGCGGCGGCUUUAGGGUUUUAGCCAGCCAAGAUGGCGUCCGAGAAGCACUUCAAGUACGCCAUCCUCGGCGGCGGCGUUGCGGCGGGAUAUGCGGCACGGGAGUUCGCCAAGCAGGGUGUUAAGCCGGGGGAGCUCGUCAUCAUCUCCAAGGAGGCCGUGGCUCCCUAUGAGCGCCCUGCUCUCAGCAAGGGAUACCUCUUUCCUCAGAAUGCUGCAAGACUCCCAGGAUUUCACGUGUGCGUGGGAAGUGGAGGAGAGAAGCUAUUGCCUGAAUGGUACUCAGAGAAAGGCAUUGAGCUGAUCCUGAGCACUGAAAUUGUCAAAGCUGAUCUUGCCUCCAAGACUUUGACUAGUGCAGUGGGAGCAACCUUUACAUAUGAGAUUUUGCUCAUUGCUACUGGCUCCUCUGUCAUCAAGCUAUCAGAUUUCGGUACUCCAGGAGCUGAUUACAACAAUAUUUUAUAUCUGAGGGAAGUUGAUGAUGCUGACAAGCUGGUUGCAGCUAUCCAAGCAAAGAAGGGUGGGAAGGCAGUUAUUGUAGGAGGAGGUUACAUUGGUCUAGAGCUUAGUGCAGCAUUGAAGAUCAAUGAUUUUGAUGUCACGAUGGUGUUUCCUGAACCUUGGUGCAUGCCUCGUCUCUUCACUGCCGAUAUCGCGGCUUUCUAUGAGGGCUACUACGCAAACAAAGGAGUCAAGAUCGUGAAGGGUACAGUAGCUGUUGGUUUUGACGCUGAUGCUAAUGGUGAUGUUACCGCGGUGAAGCUCAAGAGUGGCAGUGUGCUCGAAGCUGAUAUUGUUGUUGUUGGUGUUGGGGGCAGACCGCUGACCACUCUCUUCAAAGGUCAAGUUGCAGAGGAGAAAGGUGGAAUUAAGACCGACGCUUUCUUUGAAACAAGCGUUCCUGGAGUCUAUGCCAUUGGUGAUGUGGCCACCUUCCCCUUGAAGAUGUACAACGAGUUGAGGAGAGUGGAACAUGUUGACCAUGCUAGGAAGUCUGCAGAGCAGGCCGUAAAGGCGAUCAAGGGAAAAGAAUCUGGUGAAUCCGUUCCGGAGUACGAUUACCUGCCAUACUUCUACUCCCGCUCAUUCGACCUGGGAUGGCAAUUCUACGGCGACAAUGUUGGCGACGCCAUCCUGUUCGGCGACAGUGACCCCACCUCUGCCAAGCCCAAGUUCGGGUCCUACUGGAUUAAGGACGGCAAGGUGUUGGGUGCAUUCCUGGAGGGCGGGUCACCUGACGAGAACAAGGCCAUUGCCAAGGUCGCCAAAACCCAGCCGCCGGUUGCCAACGUAGAGGAGCUGAAGAAGGAAGGCCUCCAGUUCGCCAGCAAGAUCUGAGACCGAUCCAUCCAUCCUGUAGUUUUGAUGAUGUAUGUACAUCUCCAGUCGUCCAUGGAUGCUGCUAUAUUAUUGCACAGAUUCUGAUGAACUUGAACCACAUGAUACGUUACUCUCCUAUCGGGUUCCUGAUUGUGCUGUGUUGUGUCUGUACCACAUGAACGCUUUGCUGCUUCACCUGAGAUUUGAAUAAAGUGUUGUACUGUUACAGCA